AUGAGUGGAGAGUUAGCAAAUUACAAGAGAUUAGAAAAAGUUGGUGAAGGUACUUACGGUGUUGUUUAUAAAGCGUUGGAUAUGCGUCAAGGACAAAGAGUGGUUGCCUUGAAGAAGAUUAGGUUAGAGAGCGAAGAUGAAGGUGUUCCAAGUACGGCCAUAAGGGAAAUUUCACUUUUAAAAGAAUUAAAAGACGACAAUAUUGUUAGACUGUAUGACAUUGUUCAUUCUGAUGCACACAAGUUAUAUUUGGUUUUUGAAUUUUUGGAUUUAGAUUUGAAAAGAUAUAUGGAGAGUAUACCAAAGGACCAAUCUUUAGGUUCUGAUAUCAUUAAGAAAUUCAUGAGACAAUUAUGUAAGGGUAUUGCCUAUUGUCAUGCUCACCGAAUCCUACAUCGUGAUUUAAAGCCACAAAAUCUUUUGAUUAAUAAGGAAGGUAAUUUGAAAUUAGGUGAUUUUGGUCUUGCUCGUGCAUUUGGUGUUCCUCUAAGAGCAUACACUCAUGAAAUUGUGACGUUAUGGUAUAGAGCUCCUGAGGUUUUAUUAGGUGGUAAGCAAUAUAGUACUGGUGUGGACACAUGGUCAAUUGGAUGUAUUUUUGCUGAGAUGUGCAAUAGAAGUCCAAUUUUUAGUGGUGAUAGUGAAAUUGAUCAAAUUUUCAAGAUCUUUAGAAUCCUUGGUACACCUAAUGAAAGUGUUUGGCCCGAUAUUGUUUACCUUCCAGAUUUCAAGCCCAACUUCCCACAAUGGCGUAGAAAGGACUUGAAGCAAGUGGUGCCAAGUUUAGAUCCUCAAGGUAUCGACCUACUAGAUAAGUUAUUAGCAUACGAUCCAAUAAAUAGGAUCAGUGCCAGAAGAGCUGUAGUACAUCCAUAUUUCCAGCAGGAUUAG